UAAUAUCGGAAUAUUAUUGUCCACGUAAACGUACUGAAUAUCAGAGCAAUACACCUGUGAAGCGAUUAUUUUCGGGGGGAGUUUUGGUGGCAGGUUUUGGGAUUGCAUGUCUGUCACACCACGGAGGCCGAACACUGAAUCACAUGAUUCAGAAUCGUGCUCGAUUUAGUAAGCGAUUCUUCACACCGAGUCAUUCAGACAGCACGAUUCACUGCUAAAUGUAAACCGCGGGGAGGAAAAUGGUGGCGAGCACUCGUGUACAGAAGCUGCUCCGUCGAUACAAACUUGCCAUCGCCGCCGCUUUAACAAUUCUCCUGAUCCAAGGUCUGGUGGUAUGGAGUCUCCGGAGUCUGGAGGAAGGAGAGGCCGAGCGCAGGGAGCGACGGUCUAAGCUGCCUGAUCACAACAACCAGGAUGUGAGGAGAGACUCAGAAGCCAGGGGGCAGAACGCCCUGUCCGGUGGUUACCAUGGCUGGGGGAGGAAGCAUGACAUGGAGCGGUCUGUUGUCACUCGUCCCCUCAGGAAAGGGGGAAAGCGAAGACCGAAGCCCUCCAGGAUAGAAACGCAGGGCGUUGGAGCUGUAGAUGCCGUCGCCCCGUACGAUCCAUCCAGCAGCCGUAACUUCACUGAUACGAAGGGGCAGGAAGGAGGAAAAUUCCCACCAGGCGCUCAAGGAGAACCAGGGAGCGUCGACGGCGCACCCCAGGUCCCAAGCAAUGACUUUGUGCCCAGCUGUGAGAUCGUUGGGAAGGACGCUUUGUCGGCGCUGCACCGUGCUGGAUCACGCCAGUGCCGGCAGGAGAUCGCCAAUAUCGUGUGCAAACACCAGGCUGGAGAGCUAAUGCCACAGGCUUUACCUCAGUACUGCACACAGCAUGUCCUGUCCAGUGCCGGCCAGCAAGCUGACAUUAUAGACAGCGAUUUGUCCAAAGUGGAGAACCCAGUAAGGGUGGCGUUUGUGCUGAUGGUUCACGGUCGCGCCGUGCGGCAGCUGAAGCGGCUCCUCAAAGCCAUUUAUCACAAAGACCAUUUCUACUACAUCCAUGUGGAUAAACGCUCCAACUACCUGCAUCGUGAAGUUGUGCACAUGGCUGAGCUUUACUCCAACGUGAGGGCCACCCCCUGGCGCAUGGUCACUAUCUGGGGCGGGGCCAGUCUGCUAAAGGCCUACCUGCGCUGCAUGCAGGACCUGCUGUCCAUGCUCGACUGGAAAUGGGACUACUUCAUCAACCUCAGUGCCACAGACUUCCCCACCAGGACCAACGAUGAGCUGGUGGCUUUCCUCUCACAGAACCGUGACAAGAACUUCUUGAAGUCUCAUGGCAGAGAGAAUGCAAGGUUCAUUAAGAAACAGGGGCUGGACAGACUCUUCCACGAGUGUGAUAAUCACAUGUGGCGGCUGGGCGAGCGCACCAUCCCAGAGGGCCUGGAGGUGUCUGGUGGCUCCGACUGGUUUUCACUCACACGCCGCUUUGUGGAGUAUGUGGUCAGCUCCAAGGACGAGCUGGUCACUGGGCUGAAGCAGUUCUACACCUACGCCCUGCUCCCUGCCGAGUCUUUCUUUCACACAGUGUUGGGCAACAGCCACAUGUGCGACACGCUAGUGGACAACAACCUGCGAGUUACUAACUGGAACCGCAAGCUGGGCUGCAAGUGCCAGUACAAGCAUAUAGUGGACUGGUGCGGAUGCUCUCCCAAUGACUUCAAACCUGCCGAUCUCAUCCGAAUUCAGCAGCUGACACGGCCCACGUUCUUCGCCCGCAAAUUUGAAUCCACAGUCAACCAGGAGGCCAUUGAUAUUCUUGAUAGCCACCUGUAUGGGCACUACCCUCCAGGCACUGCGGCACUCAAGGCCUACUGGGAAAGCCUGUUUGAGCGUGAGGAGGGUGUGGGUACUCUCAGCGACGUGGCACUCACAGCCUAUAUGUCUUUCUUCAGACUUGGUCUCAUCAGUCAGAAAACCAUGCAUGAGGCCUGCAGGUUUGUGCCUGUUGGAUACCCCGUAUCUGUCCUCCUCUAUUUCUAUGAUGACCGUUUCCAGGGUUACCUGGUGCGCCAGGAGGCGAAGAGCAUGGCAUCUGGGAAGAAGGAAAUGCUGGAGGUGUGGGUUGUACCUCAGGCCACACUACAGCUAGAGAGCAACCUGAAUGAGUUUGAGAGGCUAAAGAACCUUGAGGUGGGAACAGAGUGGGACCCCAAGGAGAGAAUUUUCCGGAACUUUGGUGGCGUGAUGGGCCCUUUGGACGAGCCAGUGGCGGUGCAGAAAUGGGCUCGUGGCCCCAACCUCACAGCCACCAUAGUGUGGAUUGAUCCUGCUCAGGUGGUAGCAGCGUCUUACGACAUCAGCGUGGAUGUAGAGGCGGAGUUUACACAGUACAAGCCGCCGCUGCAGCGUCCUCUCAGGCCGGGAGCAUGGACGGUCCGUGUGCUGAAGCUAUGGGAGCGCGUGGCCGAAGCUCACUUUCUGGUCAUGCCUCUGGCUUUUAAAGGAAAGGAGCCGUUUCGCAAAGAGGAACACAGCUGGCUGCAUGCAGGUCCUGCAGGCAACAUUUACCUGGACCAGGGCUUCCAGCAGCUUGCUCAAGUUCUGAAGCUGCCUCCCAUGGAGUCUGCCCUGGAGGAGUCUCAGAAGAAGGCCUCUCUGGUGGGCAAGGCUCUGGAGGGUUGGGUGGACAGCUUAGUGGGUGCCUUCUGGGUAACUGGAGGUAUGUGUUCCACUCAGACCUCCCUCUGUCCCAGCGUACAGCUGUGUGCCAAGACUAGCUGGAGCUCUUUGUCCCCAGAUCCCAAAUCUGAACUCGGUGCGGUCAAAAGCAACGGCCGCAUCAGGUAGCCCGAAAGAUUUGGACUGAACAAGGGUGAGAACACUAAAGUGAACCACAGGGGAGAGGAGGAGCCCCUGGGAGUGAUGUUUACGGAAUAUGGGUCUCUCGGAUCAUCCCACUGUUUUCUGCUCAAGGCACCUUUGUCUUGAGGAUUGGUGUUGGAGACAAUCUAAGAGAAGAAUUAAUUGACAUUUGCACAUGAGAACUUUUUAUAAUUUUAGAGAAUCAUUGUUCAUAAACGUGUGUCCAUAGGCAGUCUUGAUUUGACUGGAUUGAUGAUACAAAGCCCUUAACCUCAACUUCUUUUUUUUAUUUUAUUUUUUUUUAACUUUUUCUUCUUUUUUUCUCCUAUUUUCAGAAAAAAAAAAUCAGAAAAGUGCACAUUUUCUUCUAUGUAUACAGUAAUUGUCGCCUUUUUUUAAUGUAAGUUUUACUACCUGUUGAAGGUCAGUCUAUGGAGUCGUGCAACCCAGUGGUUCUCAUAGUUAAGGUGUGUGAAGCGUAGCCAGGGGUCAGUGAGUCACUUCUGUUAUUUUGUUUUAUUUUGUGUUGGAAAUCACAACCCACCAUUAUGAAAGCUGUUUGUAUACAUUAUAACUGUGUUCUUAUUGUUCUUAGCCAGUUUGAUUGGUUAGAUGAAUUAAGUAGGUUUUAAUCCAUUCUCAAUAACUCAAAAACAAGUAGGUCUAUACCUAAUGUUAGCAAAGACCUAAUGUGUGUUACAGGGUUCCCUGGCUGCAAAAAUUCUAGCCUGUAAUUUUUUAAUUUAAUUAAAUUUUUUUUUUAAAUUGUUUUGAUAUCCAAACUUCAGACGCCGACUGAUUAAGUGCACUUUACUGUAAGCGAACUGUCUGAAUUACAGACUAGGUGGAGCUUAUGCAGUCACUCUGGAGAUCAAAUGAUCAAUGGGUCCAUUUAAGGAUAUUUCAAGUGCUGCUUAUAGAGUCACACUUUCACCAUGUGAAUCGUGUAGAGUUUGGGAAAUGAGCAAAACGAACAAACGCCACCAAAUAUCCGUCCAUCAGAAGAAAAAAAAACUGUUGCGUGUAUGUGUUUGGUAAUGCUGUGACUGACUCCUAUGUGUGUUUUUGGUAUGGCUUCUUUUGCAACGAUGCUGUAUAGAUUUAUAUAGUUUACCACUGCGUUGUUUUUAUUAUUAUUAGAAUUUUUUUUUUCUCAUUUAAAAGCUAAAGGUGCUGCACAAGCACAUGGGUGGCAUCACUAGCAGCUGAAUGAGCUGACCCUUCUGAUGAUUAGUGGAAAGACAGCUUUUUCAUUGUCUUGCUCUCUAGAUGUAAAUGCCAUGAAGGCCAGAUCUGCCACUAUUUCAUGAUCGUUGGCCAUCUUAUCUGUAAUUCCUAAAGGUCACAUUGUCCUAGACACGGACGAUCACACAGGCACCUUGGUAUGUGCCCGUUUUAUUGCAGAGUUAUAAAAGGAAGCUCCUGAGUAAUACAGUUUAUUACUGUUUCUAAAUCUUAGUUAUGUGCAUAUAGGUUUCUGUUUCAGCCUGCAAUGCAGUGCAUCCUCAUGGUGAACAGUUAAGCGUAUCAAUGAAGUAUGGCAUUGUUCAUUUGUCCUAUUGUGUCAUAUGGUAUUUUAAUUUUCUUCAAUGUUUGCACAAGCUUUUGGUUCUGAGUUGGGAAUCCAGUGGUGGACAAAUCAUAAAUCCUUUAGCUAGCCCAGCAGGCAAGUGAAAGUUCUAAUGUCAUGAAUUGACCUAUGAUUUGGUCCAAUUGUGUGAAUGACUAUGCUAAAAAUUGGUAGCCAACGUAAUCUAAUAAAGUAUGGCCAACUAGUUAAGCGCAUUAAUCCAAACACAAACGAGAAUAUAUAAACUCCAACUCGCCCAUAGUAAUCAUCCUUAUCCUGGUAAUUAUGUCUGAAGUGGCACAUCAAAAAGUCAGCAAGUCGUUUGGUCAGUGUUUUCUCUUUACGUCGCAGAUAAGAGAGAUCAUUUGAGACUCGAGUGCACGUAGUAAGCAGGAGAGUUAUGCUGCAUUUUUCUAUUUGAAUGAUUUUGUCAGGGUUUCCACAGAUCUGCACGUUUCUGGUUCUGAAGAGACCAUCCGUAUAUCAUCCAUGCAUACUAAUUUAUUCAACUACUGAAACCUGAUGUGUGUAGUGCAGCAGGUGGUGGCAUUCAGAAUGAGUAACACGCACUGUAGUUACAGUAUUAAGGUGUCAUGCCACCGAUUACAUUUUGUUUAAAUAAACGUACCAAAUAAAAACAUUUUUUUUGCGAAAUCAAUAGUGUUUUUGUUUUGGAUUUUUCCCUCUAGUUGUUGGAAUGAGAAGGGAAAAAAAAAAAACACUAGUGGCGGCUAUGAAUAAAAACUAAUAGCCUAUACAUGUCAUCAUAAUCAUCAUCUUCUGGGAGCACAGGCUUGUGAUUUGUCCACUUAUGAGAUGCAUUACUGAAUCGGUCAAACUGGCUUUUUUUGCCAAGCCAAUAAUGAAUAAUGUUAAUAAUAGUGUUUUUUUUCUUCUUCUUCUUCUAAACUAAUAUUUCAAUUGGUUGUGACUUUCUGUCUUUACACACUUGCUUCAGAGAAGCCUAUUGUUUUAGAACAAUAAAUGGUCUGUGUGUGUAAAUGUAUACAUACAUAUCUAUAUAAAGUGGUGCAUUGUCAGAAUCAAUGGAUUAUUUUUGUAUUUAUAAUUCCUCCUGGAGAGGGAGGUCAUAUUUUUAUGUUAGUCAUGUCAGGAUCACUGCUUCACUCUAAUGUUUCAUGAACCUUGUUGUGCAUUAUCUGUGUGUCAUGAAAUGGGACCUCGAUUGGAGUUGUUUUCUAGAGUUUUAAAAGACAUUGUGUUGAGUGGCAGAGAUCGCUUCACUGUCAAGACAAGUGUUUGGAGAAAUAUGGUGAAGUUGAAGAGCAGAGAUGUUUCUGUUCCAGGCACAAUAAAUAUGAACUCAAUGGUACACUGUGAUUGUUUGCUUGCCGUUAUUGCCUCAACUAUCCCUUGCUCCAGACUUCAGUGUUUUCAUUUUAACGUUUGUGUCUGAACGACUUGGAAAUACUUUGAUUUACGACUUGCGGUAAAGAUGUAAAUAUCUUUUCUGAAUAUGCAUCUACAUUUUUGUUCCAUUGUGAAAGCAUUUGUCACGGUAACGUGUCUACAAUGACAAAAUACGCAAGUACGCCUAGGCUAAGACACACUGGUCUUUUACACUAAUUUAACCUAAUAAAGCCAAGAUCAUUUUAUUUAUAUGCAGAGUCUCUAGAUGUUUACUGAAAAGGUCUCAAGUUCUCUAUUGAAAUCGUUGUGUAAUAGAUCACUGCAAUAAGUCCCUGCUGUACCUAGAAAACAUAUAAACCUUUCUUCAUUCUUUGUAUUGUGUAACCUGGAUUUAGAUGAGCAGGCAGAAAUUAUCGACCAUGGAAAAAAGUGCAAUAAUAACAUAUUGAGCUGUUAUUUUGGGUAGCACAAUCUUAGGGACUGUGACGUGCUUGUUGGUGUCAGAUGGGCUGGUUUGAUCAUUUCAGAAAUUGCUGCGCUCCUGCAAUCUACACAC